AUGGCAAUGCAAGACAUAGUGAAUUCAUUCAAAUCGACAGUACUCUCAAUCGGUGAAUCACUGACUCCAGUACUAAAAGAGUCGAAAUUCCGUGAGACGGGAGUUUUGACACCCGAAGAAUACGUCGCUGCGGGCGAUCAUCUCGUUCAUCACUGUCCAACGUGGAAGUGGUCGACGGCUUCGGAUCCGUCGAAGAUCCGGACGUUUCUGCCGGUCGAUAAGCAAUUCUUGAUUACGAGAAAUGUUCCGUGUCAUAAAAGAUGCAAACAGAUGGAGUAUGAUGAGAAAUUGGAAAAGAUUAUAAACGAUACGGAGGGCGAAUUUGCGACGGACGAGGAGAGCGGAUGGGUGGAUACACAUCAUUAUGAAAAGGAGAAGGAAGCCGUGGAGACCACUGCUCCACCACCACCACCCCCAGCCGCAGCUCCAGAAUCGGAUUCUGACGAUGAGGAGGCGAUCGAUUUGGAUGAUUUGAUCGAGUCGGGAGCUCUCGACGUCGAGGAGAACGAUCCUAAUCGAUUUGUGGCGACGAAGACGGUGCCGGUGGCUGCUGCGACCACUGAGAGUUCUGAAGUGGAGAAGAUUCGAACUUAUGAUUUGCACAUUUGUUACGAUAAGUACUAUCAGGUCCCUCGUCUCUUCCUUAUGGGAUACGACGAGAACCGCCGUCCUCUCAGCGUCGAUCAAACUUACGAAGACUUCUCGGCGGAUCACUCGAACAAAACGAUUACUGUAGAAUCGCAUCCAUCUGUCGACCUCUCGAUGCCGACCGUCCAUCCGUGUAAACACGCGGAAAUGAUGAAACGACUCAUCAAUCAAUACGCGGAAUCUGGAAAAGAGUUGGGUGUUCACGAGUAUCUCUUCUUGUUCUUGAAGUUUGUCCAAGCGGUUAUUCCGACGAUUGAGUACGACUUCACUCGCGCCAUCAAAUUGUAA